UUUCUCUUUUGACGUUACUGACGUACACGGUUGUCAGACGAGGGUAUUUUGAUUUUUGGUGAUCCCCAUAUGUUUUAAACUGUUGUACAGCAAAAUGACCGAUUGGGACGAAGUGAAACGUUUGGCAGCAGAUUUCCAGAAGGUGCAGCUAAGCUCGACCACCCAAAAAUUGUCAGAGAGGAAUUGCAUUGAGAUUGUAUCAUGGCUCAUCCAGAAGAAGAUGCUGGAUCUGAUCUUCACCAGCGAUGGCAAAGAGUACAUGACACCCUCGCAGCUGGUGAGCGACAUCAAAGGUGAACUGUAUGUAAGCGGAGGUCGAGUGAAUCUUGUGGAUGUUGCAAAAGCGAUAGGUGUUGAUCUGGUGCAUGUUAACACUUAUGUAUCCGAAGUGACACAUAGUAUGAAAGAUGUGACCUGCAUCAUGGGUCAACUGAUUGAUGCCUCUUAUGUGACGAGGAUUGCUGGGGAAAUUAACGAGAAGUUAUCUCAGCAAGGACAGAUCAACAUAAACGAAUUGACCUUGCACUACGAUUUGCCGUCUGAUUUCCUGCAGAACACGGUUGUUGAGAAGAAUUUGGGUAAAUUGAUAUUCGGUAGACAGGAUAGGAACGAUCCGAGGUUGUACUUUACCGAAUCUUUCGUUGCCAGUGCUAAAGCGAAGAUCCGGGGUGCUUUGUAUGGAUUGACGAAGCCAACGUCGGCAACGGUUAUUGCGAAUAAUGCGGAUGUAAGUGAAGAUUUGUUCUUCACGUUGUUCGAUUCCAAUUUGGGUUCGUUGACGAGUAAACAAGCUGGGGCGCAAUACGUUCCACACAUUCACUCGAGAUCGCAGAACGAAUGGGUGCAGAGUUUUUACAAGCAGAACGGUUAUUUGGAGUUCGACUCUUUGACUCGUUUAGGCGUUGUUGACAACAAGGCUUUCCUGGCUAAAGCCAAUUUGGGAGAGGUGAUCCAUCUGAAUACGUGCGUCGUGUCGAAAUCGAUUUUGCAACGAUUGGAAGGAGACAUCGACGAGAUGAUCAAUAGUAAAUCGUAUUUGGAUCUUCCGGCUAAUUUGCCUACGGUUUUCAACGAUCAAGAUAUCAAAAUGAUCGUCGACAAAGUGUUGAGCGCCAGCAAACAGAAGGAAACUGUUGUAGUAGAAGGUUUCAUCUUGAGCAAAGCGUUCAUCGACAGUUUGGCCAAAGAUUGCGAAACGGUUUUGAGUGAUAAAGUAAAAAGUGUAGUGGAGAGCGGUAAAUACCAGCAAUAUCAAACGGAUCUUCAGGUGAAAAAUAAUCCGAGAUCUGAGGUGGAGGAAGUCAAGGUUGAUAAACGAGAGGAGAGGAGGAAGAAGGCGGCUGGUGGCAAUAAGGGAGGAGGAACGCAGGGUAGAGAAACGAAAACUAAAUCAACGAAAAAGGGUGGAGCCAAGGCUCGUGUCAUCUCGGAAAGCGAUGAAGGUGAAGUCGAGAAGAAAUCUUUGGACAUCUUGAGCGUAGACGAAAUUUCCAACGUAAUUCGAGUCGUCUUAGAGGCGGAGGGUUUGGACGAGCUCGUUGAUCCUUUGGGGCAAUAUUUGCAUCCGAUCUUGAACGAGAAGGGUUUGCAGCAAGCGUCGCAACUGUAUGCAACCACAGUCGCUGAUCGUACAGCCAAUCGGAGACAGACGCACAACGAGAUCCAAACGAAGCUGAACAAUCUCGUCGGAGAUGUUCGGCUCUUCGAGAAAGGCAUCAAACUUUUACCCGUAGACAGUCAACCGCAAUUCCAUAAGUAUUUGCUGAAGAGCUUAUGCACCGACUUCGUCAGCGAAAUUCUCAACUACAUCUCUUCGGAGGAGGGCACGAACGUCUGCACGGACAACUUCAACAACGACCAACGGCUCAAGUUCAUCAACGAUCUGAGCGCCGAUUACAAAGUUCCGUUGACCGCUUUGAUCAAAACGCUUUCUGCGGCGACCAUCGACGAUUGGAUGGAGGGCGUCGACGCAGCUUUAUCCAGUUGCAGCAUGGUGCUGAAGAAGGUCGACAAGAAGAAGGAUCGCGUCCAGGUGUUGAACCACAAGCACGCGCUUUUGGAGCAGCUCGAGAAGUGCGAGGAUUACGCGCUGGCGUUGCAUCUCGCUACGCUCAUCAUCUUUAUAUCGGCGACGCAGUGCAUGAUCCACGCAAGCGGAAGACACGUAUCCAAUCUUCUUGUCUUUUUGAAGCAGUUCCUAUCCUCCGAACAGAUCGUCGAGUUGACAACAUAUCAUGACAUGGUGACGAUGCUUCUGAGCGGAGGAAGCGACAUCGAAACGGCGAAAGAGCGUCUCGCCGAGAAGAUGCCGACCAUCAAGCAGAUCGCCAACGAGUACAAGAAGUCCGGAGCAAACAGCGAGAAGAGUUAAAAGCCAAACUUCCAUGAAAUACAUCGGUUAUUGGUUAUUGUUAAA